CGGUGUGUGCGUGAGCGGUGCGAGAGCGGUGCUCGGUCCGCCGAGUGUACAUACGUGUGCCACGUUAACCUCCGGGUAACAGCUGCGUCAGCGAAGGCUCGUGGGAAAUCGUGGAAACGCUGCCGCGAUCGCGCACCGCUCGCGCGUUCCGGUGAGCUCCGCUGCAGGCCACGGCCAGAACUUGGAGUCGGCGGGCAAGGCGAGACUACGUGUACUCACACCUCUCUCUCCCCGUCCGCCCUCGCCUCAUCGCGGCGAGGCGGUGGAACGUGCGGCGAGGGGGAUACAUCAUCCGGGAUUUCACUCGGGGGAGUGCAAGUGUUUACGGGGGUGCGUUAUCCCGGAAACCACGGGGGCUCCAUGUGCAUUCUGCACGAGGAGGAGGAGGAGAAGGUAGCCGUGAUCGGUCGAUCGUCCCCAUAGAGGUGGACGCGCGGCGGACGCGGUGAUGCGGUUAGAGUGCGGACGAGAGGAGUAAUGUGACGGUGCGUGGUGCGCGCUCAGCGGAAGACGACGACGACGACGACGACGACGACCGUUAAGCCGGCGCCAUGUCGCAGCAGACCUCGAACGAGGAAUCCUACCUGAGCUGUGGCAGGCCGUCGAAUCUGCUGAAGACAAACUUCAGCAGCGCCCGUCUCGAGAAGCUCUAUCGCGCCUCGUCGCUGCAGCAGCGUCGCGGCGGCCUCACGUGCUUCCUGAUGUCGGCGAUCCUGUACGGCCUCUACACGGUGUCGACGCCGUGGAUGGAGCUGCCGGCACGUUGCGUCAGCGCCGUGUUCCUCAGCCUCAACUUCGGCCUGCUGGUCUGGGUCGAGAGCGGCACGAAGACGUGCAACUCGCUCUGGUCGGUGGUGCCGUGCAUCGUCGGGCAGCUGUGGAUCGUGCACCUGCCCGCACAGCUGUUCCUCAAGUCCGCCAAGGUCACGCCGAGGGACAGCCUGGGUUGGAUGCUGCUGCUGCUCUACCUGCUGUUCGCCACCCUGCCGCUCAAGCUAUGCCGCUGCACGUCCCUCGCGCUCGGCAGCGUGCUCGUCUACUUCAUCGCCGUGAUCGGUCUCUCCAGCACUACGCUGGAGGACCUUAAAAUGCAGCCGGUCGACAUUCUGAUCCUGACGCUGACGCUCUUCGCCGGCGCCUCUAUCAUGGGUGCCUGCGGCUACUGCCUGGCGGAGUUCCAGCAGCGACGCGCGUUUCUCGAGACCAGACAGAGCCUGGAGGUCCAGCUGAUGAUCGAGGAGCAGAGCGCGGAGCAGGAGCGGCUGUUGCUCAGCGUCCUGCCGGAGCACGUCGCGGUCAAGAUGCGGCAGGACCUCGGCGCGUCACUCGACACCCAGUUCAAGAAGAUCUACAUGUCCAGGCACGAGAACGUGUCGAUACUUUACGCCGACAUAGUCGGCUUCACCGCGAUCUCGUCGACCUACAGCGCCGGCGAGCUGGUCAAGAUACUCAACGAGCUCUUCGCGCGAUUUGACCAGCUCAGCGAACGAUACGAGCAAAUGCGCAUCAAGAUCUUGGGGGACUGUUAUUACUGCAUAAGCGGCGCACCCGUCGAAAGGCCGGACCACGCGGUCCUCUGCGUGUAUAUGGGGUUGUCCAUGGUGGAGGCGAUUAAAUACGUUCAACAAACGACACACAGCCCGGUCGACAUGCGGGUGGGCAUUCACACGGGCGCGGUGCUCGCCGGGGUCCUCGGGCAGAGGCAGUGGCAGUUCGACGUCUACAGCAAAGACGUCGAGCUGGCGAACAAGAUGGAGAGCAGCGGAAGGGCGGGGAGGGUACACAUCUCGAAUGCGACGCUGAGCUUCCUAAAUGGGGAAUUCGAGGUCGAGCCGGCGCACGGGGAGGACCGGGAGGAGGCACUCCAAAAAGCUGGCCUCGUCACUUACUUCAUCGUGAGAGCCUUGAAGCCAUUUAAGCCGGCGGUGACGAAGAGCCUCGCGUCGCUGGCGGACGCGGAGAACUCGCAAAGAGCAAUGGAGAACGUGCAGGACAAGGUGGACAAUAUUCGCGAGGAUUCCGAGGAAUUUCAGCAACGUCUGAGAAAGAAACUCGACAGCAGAGGUGGUGGUACCGACCUGAAAGGUCACGCCUCCUGGUUGACCCUGCGAUUCAAGGAUCGGCACGUGGAAGCGCUUUUCCAGCUCGUCGAGGAGGCCUUCUCGCCCCUGUCGCUCCUCGGCGGACCGCUGGUCAUGGUGUGCGCGGCCCCGGUCUGGAGGCUGCAGCCCUGGAGUCCGUUCACGUGGGGCGGCGCCGGGGUGGUCGCCCUCUUCGCCAUCGUGCUGGCCGGUGCCACCUGCCUGGGCAACGCGGUCAGGGCGAUGUGGCUCAGGGGCACCCUCGCGAUCCUGAUGUCAUGCUCCCUCAUGAUCUUCCUGCUGUUAGACAUGUUUAACUGCGCGAUCAUCGACGACGCCGUGCCGCCGAGGAACACCUCGAUGAACUGGUCCCCGCGAUGCCCGUACCCUUCUUAUUAUUCAUACAUCGGCGUCCUCGCGCUAAUCGCUAUCUCGAUGCCGACAUACCUCUGUUACCUGACCAAAGCGACCUUGAUGUACCUCCUCGCCGGCACGCAGACAUACAUCAACAUCCUGUACCUCGCGUCGAGCCUCGACAGGGAGGAAAUGGCGUCGGACCAGGGAUCCGUGCCAUUCCCGCUGAAAUAUUCGCUGGCCGCCACCUUGUUCACCGUCGCGACCGCGCUGGUCAUCGUGGCGAGAUACACCGAGAAGGCGCGAAGGAUGCUCUAUCUUCAUGGGCGGGAGGUGAUCGCGCAGAGGGAACGAGCGGCGGACAUGAAGCGAAGAAAUGGCGCGCUGAUUUAUAACAUUCUGCCGCCCCACGUGGCCGCGUAUUUCCUGUCGCGUGCGAGGCACCACGAUGAUCUCUACAGUCAGAGCUACGCCGAGGUGGGCGUGCUGUUCGCCAGUAUGCCGAACUUCGCGGACUUCUACAGCGAGGAGAGCAUCAACAAUCAAGGCCUCGAGUGCCUCAGGUUCCUGAAUGAGGUCAUCUCCGACUUCGACGCCAUCCUCGAUCAGAACAAAUUCAUGAGCAUCAUCAAGAUCAAGACGAUAGGAUCGACCUACAUGGCCGCUUCGGGAAUAUCCGAGGUGGAGUCGAUGCAGGAUAGUCCCCUCAAGUGGGGCCACCUCGUCACCCUCGUGGAGUUCGCUCUGGAGCUUAAGAAAGCCCUAUCAAGCAUCAACGAGCAGAGCUUCAAUCACUUCGUUUUGAAAAUGGGCAUCAAUCACGGACCGGUGACUGCCGGCGUUAUCGGGGCGCGGAAGCCCCACUACGACAUUUGGGGCAACACCGUCAAUGUCGCGUCGAGGAUGGAGAGCACGGGGAAGGUCGGCUGCAUUCAGGUCACCGACGAGACGCGGAAGAUACUGGAGCCGUUCGGUUUCGGCUUCGAGCAACGAGGUCUCGUCUUCGUCAAGGGCAAGGGACAGCUCUUAACGCACUACCUUGUCUCCAAGGACGGCGUCUUUCUCGAUCUCGACAGCGAUCUACCCGUUGAACCUACCCACCCGAUAAUCUAUCAGUAAUGUACUUCGAAGGCUCUAACUCGAACGAAAAAAAAAAAAGGCAUUUUACCGGGAGGCUACCAAGCCGGUCGUUCGGCAAGAAUCCGUUUACGAUUUUUCCUCGACUGGUAUAUAUAACUCGGGCUGGACGUUCGGAGGGAACCGUACGUUCAACCUGACAGCUUCCGGGAGCUGGUGACUCGCGAUUCGUAAAUUAGACGACGUCUCUCUGUACGCCGAACGAAAUUUUUCCUCAAGGGAUGUUCGGCGAGCUAAAUGUGUAUUGUCGUAGAGAACUCUCUAAAUGUUAGCAUCCUCGUGUCUCGGAGGGAUGGAAAGGGCACAUGGAA